CCUGAAACUUUCGUUUUGCGAAGAUGGCGGAGGCGCUGUCGACAGGUCUGGGUGAGGAGAAGGAGAAGGAGGACAGGGAGAGGGAGAAGAAGGCUGCCACAGCGGGGAAGAGCAAGGAGAAAGACGGAGUCACGGAGACGCUGGGGUUCAACGAUAAAAAUGGCGCUAGCAGGGGAAAGAAGAGCAACCUGUCAGACCUGUCUCUGGUCAGAUUUAUUACUACUGAGCUCACCAGAGGUUACUUCCUAGAACACAACGAGGCCAAAUACACCGAGCGCAGAGAGCGGGUCUACACAUGCCUCCGCAUCCCCAAAGAACUGGAGAAGCUGAUGACGUUUGGCUUCUUCCUCUGUCUGGACGCCUUCCUCUACGUGUUUACACUGUUGCCCCUCAGGGUGAUUCUGGCCUUGUUGCGACUCUUCACAGUGCCAUGUUGUGGCCUCAGCGGCUCCCGCUUGCUUCAGCCAGCCCAGGUGUGCGACGUACUCAAAGGCUUCAUUAUGGUGCUGUGUUACUCAAUGAUGAGCUACGUGGAUUACGCCAUGAUGUACCAUCUCAUCAGAGGACAGUCUGUCAUCAAACUAUACAUCAUCUACAACAUGUUAGAGGUGGCGGACCGCCUGUUCUCAUCAUUCGGCCAAGACAUCCUGGACGCUCUUUACUGGACCGCCACAGAGCCCAAGGAGAAGAAGAGAGCGCACAUAGGCGUGAUUCCUCACUUCCUCAUGGCUGUUCUCUACGUCUUUCUUCAUGCCAUCCUCAUCAUGGUUCAGGCCACAACUCUCAAUGUAGCUUUCAACUCCCACAACAAGUCCCUGCUCACCAUUAUGAUGUCAAACAACUUUGUUGAGAUCAAAGGGAGUGUAUUUAAGAAGUUUGAAAAGAACAACCUUUUCCAGAUGUCAAAUAGUGACAUAAAAGAGAGGUUCACCAACUACAUCCUCCUGCUCAUCGUCUGUCUGAGAAACAUGGAGCAGUUUUCAUGGAAUGCUGACCACUUGUGGGUGCUGUUUCCUGAUGUAGUCAUGGUGAUAGCCUCAGAGGUUGCCGUGGAUGUUGUCAAGCACGCCUUUAUCACCAAAUUCAAUGACAUCAGUGCUGAUGUAUACGGGGAAUACAGAGCCAGCCUCGCCUUUGACCUGGUCAGCAGUCGACAGAAAAAUGCGUACACAGACUACAGUGACUCAGUCUCCAGGAGAAUGGGCUUCAUCCCGCUUCCUUUAGCGCUGCUGCUGAUCAGAGUGGUGACCAGCUCAGUGAAGAUCCAGGGGUCGCUCUCGUUUAUGUGUGUCCUGCUGUUUUACUUGGGGAUGAUCACUCUGAAGGUUCUCAACAGUAUCGUUCUCCUGGGAACUUCCUGUGUGUUUGUGAAAGAGGCCAACAUGGAAGAAAAGCUCUUCGACCCUCCACCUGUCGCCUCCAGCCGUGCAAACUCCAGAGCUCACCGGACAAAACAUGUUCACGUUUCACCGCAGCAAGAAUCCACAGCUGACAAAGGAGAAACUUCUCUGCCGUCAGACAUCUCUCAGCCCACCAACACAGCAGAAAACGCUGCCCCCUCCUUCCCGAAGAGUGACUCAGACACAUUCCUGACGACUCCUGACGAGGAGGACGAUGACAAAAUCAUCAACGCUGACACAGGACUGGAAGGAGGCGGACUCGCACACCGACCACCCAAGAAAGACCUGCUGGAGAUAGAUCGCUUCACCAUCUGCGGCAACCGAAUAGACUGAAGGACUAGUGUAGCAAUCCUGGCAACACUUACAGGGUUCAGGGAUCAGACAUGGGUCAUGGAGCAUGCUCAGACCGUACUUACUUUUGUGCACCUGACCCCUCAAGUAUUUAUUUAUUUAUUGACUGACAAAACCAGCAAAGGCAUAAAGCUGUUACUACAAGCAUCCGAGGCGGCUUCAGACGUUUCCAGCUGGUCCUGCGUGUGUCUGAUGAGCCAAGCGGGCUGUGGUGCGGUGACGCACUCGCUGAUGAAGACAGCAUGUAAAACACGGGAGGAGCAGACUACAGAGAGAAAUCUGCGUAUGUUAAAUCACGUGUGUUCAGAAGCACAAUCAGUGAGAAGCUGUUUUUAGAAAGAACAAAAGUUUUUACUUCUUUUUUUUAAUUAUUCCUAAAAAAAGGCUGAUGAUAUUUGAAAUGAAGUUUUUAUGAUGGGUUUCAAAUCUUUUUUCUAAAUUGAAUCACAAUCACAUGGAAGGAUUCAAAUCAUGAAGUUAUUCUGCAGACAGAAGCUCUAACACACACACACACACACACAGAGGUUGAUCUGAGGUGAUGAGGUGAGCUGCAGUCCCAGCAGGUUAAAUAUGGCAGCAGUGACACUAAGAAUGGCUUUGCUUGGCUGCAUCAGCUUCAGUUGUAAUGUUUGGUUUGGUAACUUAAGAGACAUAAAAAGCUGGAAGGCUUAAUGUCAUUUGUGUUGGUAUUACCUUAAAGCACUGAGAUGAUGGUGCAGAUUUGUAUUUAUUUUGAGAUGGCCUACCAGGCCUGACAGGUGUGACUUAUUUAUGUGCUUAAUUUGUACCUUUUUCAUUGAAGCCAUGUGGCCUACAGAUAAUCGUGGCGACACGUCACAGGCAUAUAACAUUUUCUUCUGUUUGCUUUUUGAUGUUGGAAACUGAUCUGACAUGUUUUCUCAUUCCUCGCUAUCUGAGUGAGUGGACUGAAAAAUCACAUGAAAUGCUUCAUUGUAUGCUGACAAAGUGUUUCAGGUUACCAGGAAUGAGUAAGAGGCGGGGUCAUAACAGCACUAUAACCGCAUGAAACCAAAUUUCACUAUCAAAAUCAGUGAAUGCUGUUGUUGUUGACUGCUGGUUUGGAUUUUUUGGAAGAGGGUCCUGGUACAGUAGAUUAGGCCUAAAUGUUGUGAUCAAAUCCAGUUCGCUUUUUAUUAUUUUAAAAAAUAAUUUCUUCAUAAUCCAGGCCAAAACUAGCUUGUCAAUGAACAAAGUGCAAGUUUUCUGUGUUGAAGCUAGUUUAUAUCUUUUUAUGCAAAACGAUGGAUUAAGAUUUUUCUGGGGAAGGAAGGUAAAGAGUUAUUACAAGGAUGGGUUAUGGCUGCGUGGAAAGAGAAUUGCAACUUGGGCUUGCUACAUCUUUGACUCCAAAAGGUCUGAGCAGGAGGAACGUAGGACUAAAAACUGAUCAGGCACAGUUAGGUCCUUAAUUUGCUGGACAGUGACACAGUUUUUGUAGUUUUAGAGUGGAUUUAAAUCAAACAGUGAAGAUGUGACUGAAGUGCAGACUUCAAACCUCAGUUCAAGGGGAUUUACAAAAAUGAUCCAUUAACUGUUUGGGAAUUAGAGACAUUUUUAUGCAAUACUUAUACAAAUUAUAGACCCAACUGUUGAACAAGAUUUUUAUCUUAACUGAGACCAGUGAGGGUCCAUGAGGGGCACAGCCAGGGGCCAAGUCCAGUCUCACUACAGGGUCAUGGUCCGUACAGUGAAAAAACAAAUAGCUGUAUACCGGUGAAAGGAGGAGCGUGAAUGCAGCAUUAUUGUUUGUUUGUGUGUGUGUGUCAUAUGUUAGAGGUAUUUUUCAACGUGUGGAUGGAUCUCUACCUAAAAGUGGACAGUGUAUGAGUUUUUUUUUCUUCCAUGUACAGCUCAUUCGUGUAAUGUAUCUCCUUACAUGGUAGAAGGAGAAUAAAACAAGACUUUGUUUUGUAA